GUGGCAGCAGUGAGACCUUGGACUUUCUCCAUUACGUAACAGGGAGCAGUGUGCACGCGUUGCAGUAACACGCGCCCUCCGCCUCAGUAACACCGCGACGCUCCCUGGCUGCUGUUUCACCAUAAAGCGGAGACGAGUGAUUGUUGACGGUCCCUAAAGUUUCUGAUGAAAUCUCUAACCGGAGCUAAAGACAGACAGACCGACACACGGAAGCGACACGGCGGUUAAAAUCAGACUUUAUUAGCGAACACCGGAACAGUGUUAUCACCGGAAGGAGGUAAAACGGUGUAACCUCGAUAACGAAGCCAACGGAUCGUGUUUUUGGAUCAAAUAUUUUGAAUCCGCUCCGGUUAACUGACCGCUAAGCUAGUUAGCUUCUCCUGCUAAGCUAACCUGCUAGUCAGCGCCACCGGCCGCCGUUGGACGCCGGAGCAGAUCCCGCCGCCGCCGCCUUCUUCACGGACAUUGAAAGCAGACAAAAUGGCUCUUCUGUCGUCGUCACACCGGGAUUCAUCCUCACACCGGGAUUCCACCGUGUUCACCGUCGUCACAAAGUUCUCCACCAGAAAGAAGUCCAACCACCACUCUCAGAGGAGCGCUGACGGUGUCACGGACAGUCUCCCCCGGGUUCCCUGUGUCUGCGCUGGCGGCUGUGAGAGCCAGUCGGUGUAAAAGACCAUGUUUGACUAAUUAAUCACUUGUGUGUGUUUGUGAGUAUUGAUGGAUAUUAAUGAGAGCUCGUGUUGAGUCGCCGCUGCAUCCCACAGUCUGACAGCUGUCACGUGUCUCACCUGCUGCUCAGGUAAUGUCACAAAUUUCACAUUUUGCACUUUGGAGUUUUCGGAAAUGUUCACCAGUAUGAGCGGGGAGGGACAUUUAACCGGCGGGCAGAGCUCGUCCUCUCCGGCCGGGCGGAGACUCGCCUCUCCCGGGCUUGACAGCCAGGAAAGCUCGUGGAUCGGCCUGCUCUCCAGGCCCGCGCUGUCAUUUCUGCAGAGAUAUCUCCCGGGGCGGCCCCGAGCCCCGGCCCGGGCUGAUACGGGAGCCGGCUGGGUUAAAACCAGCUUCGUUGAUGAGGAGAGUGAGUUUUUGAGACAGCUGGACGGCAUGAUGCCGCUGCAGCACGCGGCUCCCCACCUGACCGUCCUGCGGUGUCAGCACGACGGAGCCGCCGGCCUGCUGGAGCGGAGCGGCGGCAGCACUUUACCGUGGCCCACCGCUGACUCUCUGCGGGAGAUAGGGAUCCAGAGCGCAGAAGAAAUGGACUUAAAUCUGUGCCAGCAAACUCAGAUCGGAUACCUGUCUUCUGUCAGGACUUUUUUCAGUCAUGUUCUGUUGAGCUCGGUGUCAUCUCAGGAAAUUAAACCGACAGGAGGGAAGGACUGGGAGCCGCUGGGGCGCUCGGUGAAGAGCAGGACGUGGUGGGGCAGCUUGUGGGGGGGCGAGGAGAGCUCACACAGAGGGCUGAUGUCAGACCUGUCCUGGGCUGAGAACGGGACCGGCACAGGAAGGCUUUGUCCUCAACAACCGGUGACUGAAACAAAAGCUCCCGGAACAACUGAUGUGUUUGUCCAGAGCGGCGGUGGAGGGUGGACGCUGGGAGAAAACACUGGACCGACUGACCACAAAGAAGAGCCGGCGAACAAUGGAGGCCUUCAAACAGUCCAGAACACAGAGGGCUCCACGACAGAGCGCCGGCUCAGCAUCAGUACCCACCUGAGCAGGUCAGGAGCUGCCGCCGCCUGCAGUGAGGUGGCACUGCUGACCCCUGAUCAGGACAAUGGUUACUCCAGUCUGGAGGAGGAACACUUCCAGGUGUGCCACCUGAACAUGGUGAAGGCUCUGAGUGAAGAGCAGGAGGCCGAGUCAACAGAAAGUACUGCCGCCGCCGCCGCCGCCACUGCUGCUGUCACCAUCGAGACGGAAAUGGAGGAGGAGACUUCAGAGGAGGGAGCGUCUGCAUCAGGACAGGUGGACAAGGAAGAGAGGACGCAGGAAGAGGAGGAAGAGCAGGACGCGGCCCCUCAGGAGGAUCAGGCCACGGCCCUCACCACCCCUCAGUGCCAGAAUAAAGCCAUAGCCUUCAUCAUGGGCUGCCCUUGCAGUGAUGAUGAUGACGACAGCAGCCAAUCAGAUGAGGAGUCCAGUGAUGACGAAGAUGAUGAUGACGAUGGCUUUGACAGCGAGGGCUCGUCUGAUCUGUCCGAUUCAACUGAUGAAGAUGAUGACGAUGAUGAAGCCUCUGACAGCGAGGCAGACUCUGAGGCGGAGCGCCUGUGGAACUCACUGUGCCAAACGGUGGACCCGUACAACCCCCGAAACUUCACUGCCCGGCUGCGCACCGCCAGCACCCCGCCCAGAACCAUCCCCACCCCCACGCCUCCUUUGUCCACCCAGUCCACCCCUGCCUCCUCUCCUGACCCUCCCUCCUCCCUCGGAGCCUCCCCUCUCCUCACCUCCUCCUCCCCUCCAUCCAGCCAAGACAUCUGGGACGACUCCACCUCGGCCAGUGAGGUGGACGAAGCAGAAAGCCUCCGCCUGUGGAGCUCCUUCAGCUGCUCCCCGGACCCCUACAGCCCCUUUAACUUCCAGGCCCCGCUCAGGACUCGAGCGCCUGCCGAGGCAGGGCCCAGGGCCAGGACCAGGGCUAAGAAGGCCUCCCAAACCCCCCCUCGCUCCCCCCGCCAUAACCCAGCAUUUCCACCCGAGUACAGGAAGGAGGAGGCUGAGGAGAGGCUGGACAGCGGCUUCUCUGAACCCUCCACCUCCUCCGCCCAGAGCUGCAGCACCACCAAAAAGGUUCGUUUCUGUGAUGAUGUGGAGGAGUUCUUCGCCAGCUGUGGUGAGGAGGAGGAGGACCGGCGGGGCCCCUGGGAGGAGCUGGCCCGGGACCGCUGCAGGUUCCUGCGCCGCUGCCAGGAGGUGGAGACGAGCAUCGCCUACUGCCUGCAGCCGCAGCACCGCAGCCUGGUGUACCGCCGCCUCACCUCCCUCCUCUACGUCCAGGACGCCUGAGGACCGUCCGUCCUCAACGUCCAGGACGCCUGAGGACAGUCAGUCCUCUACGUCCAGACGUCCAGGAUGCCUGGGGACCGUCCGUCCUCAACGUCCAGGACGCCUGAGGACCGUCCGUCCUCAACGUCCAGACGUCCAGGACGCCUGAGGACCGUCCGUCCUCAACGUCCAGGACGCCUGAGACGUCCUUGUAGUUCAACACCUGUCGUACUGAGGAAAUGAAAAGCUGCACUUGUUAAGCAGUGAGACAUGACAGAGACUCAGAGGACAGGUGGACGGACUGACUGAUGUCUUCUUCCUGUUUGGUGUCUCUGUGGACUGAAACCUGAUUCAGGAGUGACUCCUUAAGUAAACCUGAUCUGAAGGGCUUCACUCUCUGUUCUCUGAGAGGUCGUCACUGUGUCGUGGUCGGACAGCGUCUCCUUUUUAUUUUCAAACAGUUUGUCCUCGGGAUCGUCCCGUUCACAGAGACACAGAGACGAGCUGCUGCUUUCAUCACAGAUAGAAAAAGAAAAUGUAUUAAAUGAAUGUUGAGGUUUUUUCACCUUGUCAGGCCUCGAACAUCAGCUUCAACAGUCGACACCAGAGAAGAUAUUUCUCACGUCUGAUUCAUCUGUAGAAUAAUUUGGCAUGUCAUUAAUUUAUCAUGGUAAAAUAGUGACAGAUAGCUGCUGAGCUCAGCGCCCGUCCUCCAACAGAAACACACAACUGGUUGAAAAUCAGCAGAGAGUCUCAGAGUGUAAGACGACAUCUUGUUUCCAGGAAAUGUUUAUUUUUAAUUUAGAGAAUUUUCUUUGUUUAGAAAGUCUGAAAACAGUGAAUCAGUAUUAAAGAUGUGGACAGAUGAUCUGCAGCUGGACUCACAGAGAUGAUCGUUGAUGUUUCAGCUGAAUCACACUGAGGUUUGUUAGAGUGAUUUUAAAGCAGCAGCGUCUCCUGUGUCUCGGUGUAAACUGCUGAUCAGCUGUGGGUCAAACUGCAGAUGUUUGAGUUUUCUCUUUAAAGCCAAAGAUUUAAAGCUCCUGUGAGCGAUGGGACGAGAAACUGAAGUUGAUCGAUUUGCAUGAAUUGAUCUGUUCCUCGACCUGCUCUCACAUAAUCAAUGAUAAUCAAUACACAGUAUUCAGCCUCUAAUAAUCAGUAUAUGAGUCUCUGGUGUUAAAGUCCCUUUAAUGAGUCACCUCCAAGACGUCAGCUGCGUCGCUGACACCUGAAGAAGAAGAAGAGAUGAACUGAGUUUAUUCUGUCAGACUUCAGCUUUUAUUAGAAAACAGACAAAAUGAUCAUUAAAUUAAGAACAGAGAUUAUUAGUUUUAUAUCCAGUCAUCAUUCAUUUGACUAAUAACUAAAGAAUCAGUAACAAUCAAUUCAUCACUUUAUUCUGAAAUUCAGCCACACCCUUCCUCCACAGGUGAACGCGUCACAUCGACCGCCACUAACUCUUAUUUUAUUAAUUAAUCAGUUCAUAGUGAUGAAUGGGUAAAAUGCAGGAUGAUAACAAACAGAUCAUCAUUAAUGCUGAUCAUUGAAACCUUUCAUUCAUCUGUUGAUCUCAAACUGACCGACUGUCCUCACAUCUGCUCUUUAUUUAAAAAAGAAAAACUUUAUUAAACUGUUGGUUGAGUAAAACUUAAAAUCAGCAGAACAAGAAUCCAAACAAAGGCUGUGUGAAGGUUGAAAUGUCCGAACAUUAACGCUGUCACGAACCUUCCUCACACUGUAUUUGUGAUUCAGUUUCCUGUGAUGUCACACAGGUGAAACUUCCUGUUGAAGGAUUUAAUGAGAAACAGACUGACGUCAUGUCGCAGGUGAAGCUUGUGCCACUGAUGAUGAUGGUGAUGGUGAUGAUGUCAGUUAUUAAUGCUGAGUCAGUAUUUGUUCUGUUGUCAUCAUGGCGAUGGACUUUCAUUAUACAGGAAGUUAAAAACAGACUCAGAGUCUAUUAAGUGUGUGCGUGUUGUCAAACACAGGAAACGUGUGAUGGCUGUUUGGUGUUUGUUUCUGUCAGCUGACUAAUAAUCAAUAAUCAGAAGGGAAAGCUGGGGGGGGGGGGGGGGGCAGGAUGAACCUUUGGUGUUCUUUUAGUCAGAAAAUGCUUUUUAUUUUUCUAAUGCAUUGUUUGUUUGGUGGGUAACACGUUCUGCUUCUUCAUUUCCUCAACUGAAUAUUAAAUAUUAAAUCAAUAUUUAAUGAGCA